CAACAGAAAUGGAAUAAAGAUCAAAGCUCUCAGUUCUUGCUUCCGAUUCUUCAACUAUCUUUGAUUUCUUUACCUUCUAUGCCUCUGUUGACAUAAUCAAUUUCCUUUUUUUGUUGUUGUUGUGGGUUUAUCCGACUCUUGUGCCCUUAAUCCAUGGCAACACUAGCACCUGGGAUUCUUCUGAAGCUCCUCAAUGGGAUAAACACCGGAGUUAAGCCCACAGGCGAGCACCGGAGCUCGCUCCUGCAGAUCACCGACAUCGUUCCGGCCGAGCUGGACGAGAAGAACCUCUGGCCGAAGCAUGGGUUCUACAUAAAAGUAUCCGAUUCAUCUCACUCCGUUUACGUCAGUCUUCCCUCUGAUCAAGAUGAUUUCGUUCUCAGCAACAAAAUGCAGCUGGGUCAGUUCAUAUAUGUCGACAGAUUAGAGCCGGGGUCCCCUGUUCCGGUCGUAAGAGGCGCGAAACCGCUCCCCGGACGGCACCCACUUGUCGGAACACCAGAGCCAUUGAUGGGUCUGAGACAAAAGGGAAUAAGGAGCGAACAGAAGCCUUCCGAUUCAGCUCCUCCGAGAAGGGGGUCUUGGGGAACGGGGGGGAAUGAGGGAGAUAAAAUUUCGUCUCCGAUGGUGUUUAAGCCUGUGAAUUUGGACUUUGAUCAGUGUACGCCGGUGAAAGAACCGAGAAGUUCAGCGAAAAAUAGCAACUUUCAGGCAAUGAUGUCUCCGAUGACGACUAGAACCACCCCUGUUUCUGGCGUGAGAAGCUCAGUGGGUGGAGGGCUUUUGGCGAAGAUGACAGAUGCUAGGGCAGAAAGUCCUGCCUUACUUAGGAAAAGCUGUGUGGCCAGUUCUGCUUCGAAGUUUCCGAGGAGCAGAAGUGUGUGCGGACGAGAACCUAGGAUACCCAUAACCCCAUUCAAGUCAUCUGGAAAGAAAAGUACGACUCCACCACCAAGGUUAAGGAGUGGAGAUGCGGAGAAUCAGAACUCAAACAUGACUUCUCAAAUGCAAAUUCAAUCUACCAAUUCUGCUUUUGAUGAUAAUAAUAAUAGUAACAAUCUUAGGCUCCCCAUUAAUUUACCUGGAAGACUUGGCUCACUGGGAAAGGAAGCUAUGCAGCAACGACAAGUUUCUCAGAAAAUUGCCCUUCAAGCAUUAAGAGAUGCUUCAGCUACGGAAUCAUUAGUCCGCUGUCUCAGGAUGUUUUCCAGUUUAUGCAAAUCAUCUCGAGCCGAUGCACCGGCAACCGGUUUCGAGCAGUUCUUGGAAUUCCAUAGCCAGAUUGUGCAAGCAGUUAGUGAAAUGGUAUCCAUUGAAGCAGCUACUUCAGCUUCAGAAAUGGCUCAGAACUCGCAGAACAACAACAAACAAUCUGAACAGGACGAUGAAGAAUCCUCGGUUUUAAACGAAAUCACACACAAUUCAUUGGACCAACGCAGGAACUCUGAAUCAAGCUUGUCAAAGAGAAAAUGUGGUUUGUACAAAUCAGUCUCUUCAGCAAACAUGGGAAAACUGCUAAGAUCUAGUACUACCCAAAAAGAGAUUUUGGAGAGAAAAGGCCCAACUUCUGUGAAAUUCCCACUUGAGCCUAUUGGUGAAAAUGAUGAGAAUAAGAAACAACCAUCAACAUCAUCAUCAUCAUGCAGCAUAAGCAAUACAAUAAAGCUGGGGAAGCAAAUUGAGACAGAAGCAGGAAACUGGUUUAUGGAGUUCAUAGAGAAGAGCUUGGAGAAGGGUAUGAAGAAAGCUAAAGGAAAAGAACAAAAUGGUGGGGAUGCCAAAAAAGUUCCUCAGUCACUUAUUUUGAAAGUGAUUAACUGGGUUGAGGUAGAACAGUGUGACAUCAGCAAGAGGCCUGUUCAUCCAAAAGCAACACAGAUAGCUCGCAAGUUAAGGAUCAAAAUGAAGAAUCCUUGAACAAAUCACAGAAGAAGAUUGAGAUGUGGGAUAGUGUGAGAGGGUAUUUUCAGUCUAAAAUUUACUUUUAAAGCAUUUUUUUAUAUAUAGUCUCUCUAUUAAAAUUUGAAGAUUGCACUGAAUGUCUGCUUCCCUAUUAUUGAUUACCUCUUCCCCAUUAAAUGGCGUUAGCUUUUUGUAUAAACUUGUAAUGUCGUUGCUCUUCAUGCAGUGAGAACUAGAGCUAUUCUUUUUUCACUCGUUCAGGGGACCCAA